GAUUUGGUUGGAAUUUUCGUUCUGAUACGGAAAAAUUAAUUUCUCUAAUUUAUUUGCCCGCUAGGCCUUCAUUUUGUAUGAAUUGAGUGGCUGUAGUAAACUUUCGACGUUUAAUAUACCACUAAUAAUUAAAACAAGAUGCCUCAACUUGAUGGCAAAGAAAUUGGAAUAUUUUUUAGUGAAGAAGACUUACCAUAUGAAGAAGAAAUUCUUCGCAACCCAUUCUCAGUAAAACAUUGGCUUCGUUACAUAGAGCACAAGAAAGGAGCUCCUAAACAUGAAAUUAAUAUAAUAUAUGAAAGGGCUUUAAAAGAAUUACCAGGGUCAUUCAAACUAUGGUAUAAUUAUCUGAAAUUGAGAAGGAGUCAAAUUAGAGGUCGCUGUAUUACAGAUCCAUGCUAUGAAGAUGUUAACAACUGUUUUGAGAGAUCCUUAGUAUUCAUGCAUAAAAUGCCUAGAAUUUGGAUGGAUUAUUGCACUUUUCUGACUGAUCAGUGUAAAAUAACAACUACAAGGAAAGCCUUCGACAGUGCUUUGAGAGCAUUGCCUAUUACUCAACAUCAUCGCAUAUGGCCAUUGUAUUUAACUUUUCUGAAGAAGCAUAACAUACCAGAGACUGCAAUUAGAGUCUUUAGAAGAUAUUUGAAAUUGUGCCCUGAAGACACAGAGGAAUAUAUUGAUUAUUUAAUAUCAAUUAACAAACUAGAUGAAGCUGCUUUAAAACUAGCUCAUAUUGUAAACAAUGAAAAUUUUCAAUCCAAACAUGGCAAAUCAAAUCAUCAACUUUGGAAUGAACUGUGUGAAUUAAUAUCUAAAAAUCCUGACAAAAUUCACUCACUUAAUGUGGAUGCCAUCAUCAGAGGUGGUCUUAGACGUUACACAGACCAAUUAGGUCAUCUGUGGAACUCUCUAGCAGAUUAUUAUGUUAGAAGUGGUCUAUUUGAAAGGGCUAGAGACAUUUAUGAGGAAGCUAUACAAACAGUCACCACAGUUAGAGAUUUCACUCAAGUUUUUGAUGCCUAUGCCCAAUUUGAAGAACUCAGUCUCAGCAAAAAGAUGGAAGAAGUGGCAAAAAAACCUAGCCCCACUGAAGAUGAUGAUGUUGAUUUGGAAUUAAGACUGGCUAGGUUUGAGUACCUCAUGGAAAGAAGAUUAUUGCUUUUAAAUUCUGUACUUCUCAGGCAAAAUCCUCAUAAUGUAGCUGAAUGGCACAAAAGAGUGAAGUUGUAUGAAGGAAAACCCCAUGAAAUUAUUGAUACUUAUACUGAAGCAGUUCAAACAGUAGAUCCUAAAUUGGCUGUUGGAAAACUGUAUACAUUGUGGGUUGGCUUUGCAAAAUUUUAUGAAAAAAAUGACCAGAUAGAAGAUGCCAGACUUAUCUUUGAAAAAGCAACACAAGUUAACUAUGCUAAAGUUGAUGACUUAGCAUCAGUUUGGUGCGAGUGGGCUGAAAUGGAAAUAAGACAUGAGAACUAUGAAGAAGCCCUGAAGUUAAUGCAAAAAGCAACUGUUUUACCAAGCAGGAAAGUAGCCUACCAUGAUGAUACUGAAACAGUUCAAAUGCGUUUAUACAAAUCAUUAAAAGUUUGGUCCAUGUAUGCAGACCUAGAAGAAAGUUUUGGGACUUACAAGUCUUGUAAAGCAGUUUAUGAUCAUAUUAUUGAUUUGAAAAUAGCCACUCCUCAGAUAAUCAUAAAUUAUGGUCUAUUCUUAGAGGAACAUAACUAUUUUGAAGAAGCUUUUAGAGCAUAUGAGAAAGGAAUUGCACUUUUUAAGUGGCCUAAUGUGUAUGAUAUAUGGAAUACCUAUUUAACCAAAUUUUUGAAACGGUAUGGUGGAUCCAAACUUGAGCGUGCCAGAGAUCUCUUUGAGCAAUGUUUGGAACAUUGUCCACCAGAGUUUGCAAAAUCCAUUUACUUGCUGUAUGCUAAACUAGAGGAAGAACAUGGCUUAGCAAGACAUGCCAUGUCAGUGUAUGAAAGAGCAACAACAGCUGUGUUGCCAGAGCAGAUGUUCGAAAUGUUUAACAUCUACAUCAAAAAAGCUGCUGAAAUUUAUGGAGUGCCAAAAACUCGCCAAAUUUACGAGAAAGCUAUUGAAACUUUACCAGAAGAUAAGGCGAGAGAAAUGUGCGUGCGCUUUUCUGAAAUGGAGACUCGUUUGGGAGAAAUUGACCGAGCUCGUGCUAUCUACGCUCAUUGCAGUCAAAUGUGUGAUCCUAGAAUCACUGCUGAUUUUUGGAAUACAUGGAAGGAAUUUGAAGUCAGACAUGGCAAUGAAGACACAAUGAGAGAAAUGUUACGAAUAAAACGAAGUGUACAAGCUACAUAUAACACUCAAGUCAACAUGAUGUCAGCCCAGAUGUUGAGCUCAGCAGCUCAAGCAGCUGGAACUGUAUCGGAUCUCGCCCCGGGCAUGAAGGACGGCAUGCGCAUGCUGGAAGCCAAGGCUGCAGAAAUGGCUGUCCAAAGCAAGGGCAACAUUAUGUUCGUCCGAGGAGAAACCCAAGGUCUUAAAGAAAGUACAGAAAAAGUGGUCAAUCCUGAUGAAAUUGACAUUGAUGAAGAUUCUGAAAAUAGUGAUGAAGAUGAAGAGAUGGCACCGGUGCAAAAGAAAGAAAUACCAGCUGCUGUUUUUGGUGGACUUGUAUCUGAAAAUAAUAAGGACAGCAAUGAUGUCAAUUGAUACAAA